GACAGAAGGAGGCACGCGCAUCUCCACCCCCACUUUAUUAUCCGCCUCCUACAUAUCGGCCUCUAUGGUACUUUCGCUUUAAAACACCGACGGCCAGUUCGGAAGAAAUCCGGUUAAAGCAGCAGACAGGGCGGAGAUGGCAGCCGGCAGGGCGUACACCGUGGUGGAGUAUUUUGGAGGAGAAGCAGGCUAUCGGUGCGGAUACUGUAAAAACGACGUCGGCAACUUUUCACACGGGAUGUGGGCCCAUAGCAUGACAGUGCAAGACUACCAGGACCUGAUUGACCGUGGCUGGAGAAGAAGUGGGAAGUACGUCUACAAGCCGACCAUGAAUAAAACCUGCUGUCCUCAGUACACCAUUAAGUGCCAAGUCUUAAACUUCCAGCCGUCUAAAACUCACAAGAAGAUCCUUAAGAGAAUGACCAAGUUCCUGUCCGGCGGGGUGGUGCCAGCAGGCCCUUGUGAUGGCGAGCCCAUGGACUCACACUGUGGGGAGGCAGUGCCCCCUGCUGGCCCCAGCAUGAACCGUCAUGAUGUGAAAAAGCCACUCAAUGUGGGCACCUCUGGGAAGGAGGAGGAGACCCCCAAGAGAGCAGAGCAUGAAACGGCACCCCAGGAUCCUCCAUCCGUACCACCUGGACUGGCUUUGUCAGCCACCCCCAAACCCGGUGUAGGCGCAGACCCCAACCGACCCCCCUGUCGCAAGGCCAAAGACCUGCGGAAAGAGAGGCGGCUGCAGAAGCAGAACGGCGGGGGGGCUGCCUCGACGAGCCCCACCCUCAAUCCGGCUCCUCUCCCACCUUCCCAGGGGAAAUCCCUGGAAGACUUCUUUUCCGAGUCCCUCGCUGAAAGCGCACACAAGCUGGAGGUGAGGCUAGUGCGCUCCAGCCCUCCCAGCCUCCAGUUCAAAGACACUUUCGACGCGUCCUACCAGGUGUACAAGCUCUACCAGAUGGCUGUGCACAAGGACCCCCCCGACAAACCCUCUGAGACACAGUUCCGGAGAUUUCUCUGCGAUUCCCCUUUGGAGGCUGAGAAGACCCCCGAUGGGCCGGACUUGGGCUAUGGCUCCUUCCACCAGCAGUACUGGCUGGAUGGCCGCAUUGUGGCUGUGGGGGUGGUAGAUAUCCUGCCCUCCUGUGUCUCUUCUGUCUACCUGUACUACCACCCUGACUACGCCAGUCUCUCGCUGGGCUCCUACUCUGCCCUCAGGGAGAUCGCCUUCACCCGGCAGCUACAGAAACGCACCCCCCAGCUUUCCCAGUACUACAUGGGCUUCUACAUCCACUCCUGUCCAAAGAUGCGUUACAAGGGUCAGUACAAGCCUUCGGACCUCCUGUGCCCGGAGACAUAUACUUGGGUGCCCAUAGAGCGCUGCCUGCCACUGCUUGAAGCUUCAGUUUACGCCCGCCUUAACCAGGACCCCGACACAGGGGAAGAGAAUGCGCUGAAGAACAUGGAUCAGGUGCUGGUGCUCCACCAACGCAGCGUCAUGCCCUACCGCAUCUACAAACAGAAGCGUAGAGGCUCCACUGAUGAGCAGGAGGUGGUGCAGUAUGCCCGCCUCGUGGGGCAGGCCUGCGCGGAGAGGAUGCUAUUGUACAGAGCAUGACCACCAGAGGGAGCUUCUGUAACCUUUGGAGGGAAGGGCAGAGCUUCUGUGACCUUUAGAGGGGGUGGAGCUUCUGAGACCAAUGUCACUUUUCGUAUAUCUCCAUUUCACUCAUGUCACCACCUGGAGUGUGUCACCGUGUUACCUUGAUACGUUACAUGAAUGUCUAGAGCUUUUCACACCUUGCAAACAGCCAAAUUCCUUUACAGUUGAAGUCCCACUGGUUGUAAUCUGAAGUCACUGAGGUGUCAAACAAUAGACCAUUGUCCUUCAAAUUAGUCUGUUAGGCUUCAGAUGCCUUUACAUGCUUAAAAAAAAUAACAUGUCAAUUCCUGUCUCUUGAAUUGGACUUAAUUCUUUUCAGUAGAACGAGAGUCCAGAAAUCCCUGGUAGCAGUGUUUUUCAAAUAAUAAUCAAUCUGCUGAGACAUUUCUCUGCUCUCAGCAUCUCAGCCUUGGUCUGAUGCUUUUCCUUCCAGCUCGUUUCCCCGGUUCCGACUUCGGGGCUGACUGCCUCUGGACGAUAAAAUGUUUCGCAGCUCCUCAAGGAAGCCAAUCCAAUGUCAGCAGUUUGAUGAGGCCAGUGGAUGGAGCAGUUUGAAAGGACAGACCGCAGUGUCUCCUCUUCUGGGAGAUUCCUAUACUGUAGCAAGGGUGGAAUAAUCUUCAGAUCCUCAAGGUGUCCAAAUCCAGCUCAUUCAGGUUUCAGACUGUGCCCCUGGCGGAGCCAUUUUGUCAUGCCUCAUGGCUCCCAAACAAGCAGACAGCAGACCUCGACUGUCUGCUUGGCUUUUGCUUUCAUCUGUGGAUGAAGGGGGCAGCGCAAGGGCUGCUGGGUAAUAUGGGGAAACGGACAAGGCCUCUUACUUUAUUCUGGCGACACGCCGUAACCUUUAAAUGGUGGGGGGGGGGGGGGCUGCUCCUGGUCAGGCCAGGAUCAGAACGAACAACGUGGGUGGGACUCAAGAGCUGACGUCGUGAUUCUGAAGUGGCCACCAGUGGUCAGACCUUCGGUUAAAGGCGGAAAGCUCAAGAUGACUCAGUCUCAUACUGUGAAAUGUGAAAGAAGAAGAAAACCACAGAAUUUAUCUUCAUUUGGAUCAGUUGAAGCUUUGUUUUCUCUCCUUGAAAUAUGGCUUAUUUGCAACAUUUUUUUUUUCUGUUAAUGUUAUGAAGCAAACAAAAAUAAAUGUUUAAUUUUGCUUUCGAGAAAUAUAAACAUUGUACAUGUAGUA